AUGUCUGCGGCAGAAAAUCUUUAUGAAACAGAUGUGACACAUGAAGUAAUACAUAUAUAUGAACUAGAUCCAGAACCACCUCCUGUGUUGCCGCCACCCAAGCCAAAUAUACCUGUUACAGAUGGUUCUACUGAUCCGCCAAAGCCCAAAAGUAUGCACGGUUUCAAACCGAAAAAUCGACACGAAAAAAUCGAACAUUCAAGAUAUUUUCAUAGAUGCCCAACACGUUAUACAAUCGAUGUAUCGGCUGUUUUAUUGGGCGAUUUCACGCGUGUCUCAUAUGGAGGCGGUACACAAUUAGACCCAUCUCCCGACAUAUUGCUCGAUGAAUCAGGUUAA